AUGCGAUUUGCUGGAUUGCGGCCUAACACGCUCGAAACAACGCGUAGUGACACGAACGUUCCUCAGCAGCGUCCGCGAGCAGCUCUUCGCAAUGAUGAACGCUUUCUUUCAAAAUGCAACAAGGGAUCUGGGAAUGAAAUGAAGGACGAGUACGUUCGAGUAGAGUAUGAAUCGUCGACUCAAGUACAAAGCGCCAAACAGACGCAAGAGCACAUUCUUGUUCUAAACGACAAGGAUUUCAAUACAAGUAGCAAACGCGCCGCCGCCUCCCCACCAAUUCCAAGAACUGAAAGAAUAUCGAAGAUGCCACGUUUCCAAGUAAAUAAUUCGAGAACUCAAUUGAGUCCAGGGAGUGGAGAUUCCUCGAAAGUGAAGAAGGAGUCGAAUAUGGAUUUGCGCAAUUUGGCGAACCAAACUCCUAAUAUGGAGGGCACUAAAACCUUCAAAAUUACUCUUGAACGCACUGCAGACGGAAUCCCAGUGCUGUGCAACGGCCAACGGAAGUGCAAAAGUGAAGACUGCUACAAGGCUGAGAAUCAACAUGGUUAUUGUUUAGCGCAUGGACGUAGUGCUACCGAAGUUGACAAGAACGCCUUGCCUUCACAAGACUUCAGCCAAAAUAUGGCUGGAGGAGGAAAUGUGGCAGGAAACUUGAAGCAAACGCCAAAUCUUUCCCACGUCAACCACGACAAUUCUUCAACUUCUGAUACUGACAUGACAAGUUCGCGCAGUACGUCACCAUCUACGUCGACUAGUAAAAGCCGUCCCAAGCUGCAGACAGCCAAGAAGAUGCCGAAGCCGGCGGCGUCGGAUGCUUGGCGUUUGUCGGAUUUGCCGAACCUCUUCCGCAAUGCAAGCUGCAAGCGAACAAGGAAAUCUGCGGUGGGAGUGAAGGAAGAGAAUGUUGGCUACGCAAGCCCCGCAGACCUAGAGGAAAAUGAAAAACUGUGA